AUGGCAACCAUACCCCUUCAAGCCGCUCUAUUGAUAUGGCAUACAUAUCGAGCACAUAUUCUGGCUGUUUUACUGCUCAUAUUCCUCGUUAUAGUCAAGUUAUCCAGUCAGUGCAAGCGAUUGGAAAGCCAAUCGAUAGCGGAGAAGCGGAAUCCUCAAACGACAACCGUUGCUGAUGUACCAACACAGCCAGAGAGCAAAAAGCUUGCAAAGUCUAUUCCGUUGAGAAGUGAAGCAAAAUAUGAACCAAAGAGACUCCGUGGCUCGAAGGCGCCGAAGGCGCCGAAGGGAGGUGCAAAUACCACAGCUGAGGCUAUCUCUGCAAUUCGGCCCAUGUUCUUCUUUACCUCAUUGACGGGUUCCACAGAGAAAAGCGCUCGAGCUGCAUUUGAGCGUGUGAAAUCAAAGCUGCAAGCAGCUCCACAGAAUAUCCAGUGCAAGGUCCUGGAUCCUGAACUACUUGAUUUAUCCUACGUCGACUUUGAUGACUACUUUGUGACGGCACCAAAACCACCAGCAUCAGAGCCUGGAACAUCGUAUCUAUAUUGCAUAAUACUACCGAGCUAUGAUAUUGACAGCAUUAUCAACAACUUUCUCAACCAUUUGGAUGAAACUCACAAUGAUUUCCGCAUCGAUACAUCGCCAUUGUCCGGUCUGACGGGUUACUCUGUUUUUGGGUUCGGUGACAAGGAAGGAUGGCCAACCAUGGAAGAAGGAUUUUGCUCUCAGGCAGUAACUGCUGAUAAAUGGCUAGCCAAACUGACAGGGAAACGACGAGCAUAUCCGCUUGGGCUUGGGGACGUGAACAGUGACGGAGGCCUCGCACUGCAGGAGUGGUGUGAUGGAAUCGUUUCGGUACUCAACGACAUAUGCGAGAACGGUGGCGGAUUGGGCGAAGGCGUUCCGGGUAGCGGUGACCCUUUAGAAAGCGACGAGGAAGAUGCCGAGGAAGACUAUCAGUCAUCCCGAAAUCUUAGCCGUCCACGGAGGCUGAAAGCUAAAGGCUCACAGAUUACCGACCUUGAAGAUAUCAAAUUCAAACCCGAGGAUCUGCUUGAUGAUGAACCCAUUGAUUUCACCACUUAUUCUAUCACAAAAAGGCCACCACCCUCUAGCAAGGAGAUGGUGCCGUCGACAUCUCCAACAUAUGCUGCGUUGACAAAACAAGGAUACACCAUUGUCGGAUCCCACUCUGGUGUUAAAAUCUGCCGGUGGACAAAAUCAGCUCUGCGAGGACGCGGCUCCUGUUACAAAAACUCCUUCUAUGGCAUUAAAUCCCAUCUUUGCAUGGAAUCCACGCCCUCCCUUUCAUGUAGUAACAAAUGCAUAUUCUGUUGGCGACAUGGAACAAAUCCAGUUGGAACCACCUGGCGCUGGAAAGUUGAUCCUCCUGAACUCAUUUUCAGUGGAGUUAAGGAGGGACAUUACAAGAAAAUCAAGAUGUUACGCGGCGUUCCCGGGGUUAGGGCUGAGCGUUUCGCGGAAGCCAUGAGGAUCAGGCAUUGUGCUCUGAGCCUGGUUGGUGAACCGAUUUUCUACCCCCAUAUCAACGAGUUGCUCUCUCUUCUCCAUAAAGAGCACAUUUCGAGCUUCUUGGUCUGCAAUGCGCAGCAUCCUGACGAAUUGGCUGCCCUUCAGAGGGUGACCCAGCUUUAUGUAUCAAUUGAUGCCAGCAAUCGCGAAAGCCUCCGCAAAAUCGAUCGCCCUUUACAUCGGGACUUUUGGGAACGCCUCCAACGUUGCCUUGGCAUAAUCCGAGAGAAGAGAGAUGUUCAUAGGACUGUAUAUCGACUUACUCUCGUCAAAGGAUUCAACAUUGAAGACGAAGUGGAAGGCUACGCUGACCUCGUCGAGAAAGGCCUGCCAUGCUUUAUUGAAAUCAAAGGUGUGACUUACUGUGGAACGAGCUCUAGCUCCAACGCAGGCUUAACAAUGCAGAAUGUCCCCUUCUAUCACGAAAUUGUUGCAUUUGUAGUUGCACUUAAUGAGGAAUUAGCGCGGCGUGGCCUUUCAUAUGGAAUAUCUGCCGAGCAUGCUCAUAGUUGCUGUGUCCUGCUUGCAUCCAACCGUUUCCUGGUAGAUGGUAAAUGGCAUACAAGGAUCAAUUAUGAACGCUUCUUUGAACUGCUUGAACGCGAAAAGCGCACUGGUGAAUCAUUUACACCGGAGGAUUACAUGCGGGAGACAGAGGAGUGGGCCUUGUGGGGGAACGGCGGCUUCGACCCAAAUGACCAAAGAGUGCACACUAAGGGGAAGAACAAGGGUAAGAUAGGCGUGCCACCGCCGUCAGGAAAAGUGGUACUGGCUAGUACCGCCUGA